AUGGCUGAGCAGCUUGCUGAGCAGAUUGCUGCUGAUGAUCACCACAUCUUGUCUGAAUUCGAAGACCCAGAACGAAAAGCCCUCAUUGCGCGAUUUGUUGAGAGUGAUCCCACGAGAUUGAGUGAGGUACCACUACGUAACUAUCUCGCUUUGUGGUUCUCAGAUAUCCAGGUUCUUCGCGGGUUGGUGUCUCCCCAUAAUACCAACGAGGCUUUUGAGCGCUUGGGUGUCUUCAAGGCUACCGUGAAGUCAAUGAACAUCUACGAUGUAGCUGGGACUUGGGCUGGAAAAACACAGGCUAACAAGACUGGCGACAAAUCUCACAUCAGCUCCGUCUAUUCAUCUUCUUCCGCUGCUACGCCCGCUUCUCCUCCUCUAGCGACGGUUCGUUCCAACGUGCUCUCAACGCACGGAACCACUGGGAGCUCAACGCCAAGGGUCCCGAUAUUUCGGCCCCGUGGCUCGGUCUCCCCAGCUGGUACUUUGCCGCAGCGCGAGGCAGACCCUAGGUUUAAAAGCUUAGAACGGGAUAAUAAACAAUGUGUGUUAACCAAGCGUGGCCAGCCUACCAUACAAACAGCACACAUUGUACCCAACAAGCUGAAUCAAACAACCAACCGUCACCUUACCAAGCAGGAUUGUUGGGCGUGGCUUGAUGCAUUCUGGGGUAAAGACCGUGUUGAUCAAUGGAAGGCACAGCUGCUGACAGGGGAUGUGAUCGGAACUGAGCGAGUGUCGAAUUUGAUCACCCUUGAAAUGCAAACCCAUGAAUAUUGGGACCGCGCCUCGAUCGCAUUCCGUCCUGUGUGGGUUAAUGCUACAAAUACAGAGAUGCAUAUCGCAUUCCACUGGCUUCCGUUUGUCAAAGAUGGACCAUUGGCAAUUCACAUCAAGCAGACCGAGCUUGUACCGACCCAGGAGCACAUCUUUAGCGACCCAUACUAUAAACCUCGUAUGGGCCCUGGGAUGAAUAACAUGCUUUUCCAUACGGAGACACUCAAGCCGAUCGUCUCUGGCUAUGUUUUCAAGAUGUCCACCACCAACGCAAAGGAGCGGCCACUGCCGUCGAUGGAACUACUGCAACUGAAGUGGAACUUGUCCCGCAUCGCUGCGAUGCAGGGGGCUGCCGAGGACGAAGACAGCGAUUACGAGUCCGACGGAGGCUCUGUUGCCGUUCCCGCAGGUCCUAGAACGCCAGUUAGAGGACGGCGCAUGUCUGAUGAGAAUAGGCCACCCUUCCGUUCCUCUAUCCAAUCAUUGUCUCCAUCAAAGUUGCAGAAUCUGUCGUUGGAGGAUGACAACACAUCCAGCUACCUCGUUGAGUAA